AUGGCAGCCAAAUACAAGCAGGCACGAGAAGAGCGAAAAAAGCUCCUCACCCCUGCACACAAGUACAUCAUUGACAUCCUGGCUGACAGGCUGUUCUUGGAGCCAACAGCAGUAGAGGAAUUUAUUUUAGAUUCAUCUUUGGCUACUUUUGAUCAUUUCUUCGCCGAAGGAGGUUGUAAAACCAUUUCUUUUGUGUAUCAAGAGGCUGAAGUUCCAGGAAUAGAGUGUGGCCGCUCAUAUCCUGGGACUACCAAAGGGGAAAAAGUACACAGACUGUUUUUAGCAAAUUUGUCUCAGACAUGCCUUACAGGUGUUUGCUGCUCUUUCACACGGAAUAGAGUGGACAGUCCUGUGAAUUCAGAAAACAUACAUGUGGAGAUAAUGUUUUCAAUGAUUGAUGCGAGAGAUGGCCUCCUGAAAGGAAUGAGGAAUGCCUACAACUUCCUGCUACCAGCUCUUGAUGCAAAACAAAACUGGGGUGUCUUAAAUAAGACUAGACGCGGAGCAAAACUUAAAAAGAACUUCAAGUACACCAUAAAGCGCUGUCUUAGCACCUUAGAUGACCUCCAGAUGAACAUCGAGAACAUUGUUCAUCUGAAAACAGUCACAGAUAUUGACUUAUCUAAAUUGGCCACCCUUGAUGAUAUGAAAGUUGCGGCUGCCAACUUUGACACGGUGCAGCAACUUGAAGAAAUUCUGAUGCAAUGGUACAAGCAAAUCAAGGAGGUCCUGGUAGAAACUAGUCAGUUGAGGAAACUAGAUGAUUCUGCAGGACCACUGUGUGAGCUUCAGUACUGGCAAAGAAUGUCUUUGAGGUUCAACUCCAUCAUCAGUCACAUCAAAGGCCCUGAGUGUAAGGCAGUGGUAAUGGUGCUCCAUAUCAGCCAUUCCAAGGUUAUGAAGAUGUGGCAGAAGAUGGAUUCCAGUUUAACAGAUCGUGCCAAUGAGGCAAAAGACAAUGUAAAAUUCCUGUGCACACUGGAGAAAGUCUGUCAACCUCUUUACAACAGUGACCCGGUCACCAUGAUGGGAAGCGUGCAGAACGUCAUCAGUGCCAUUCAAAUGAUAUGUAGUGUUUCACUGUACUACAGUACAGGAGAAAAUGUAUCUGCACUGUUCGGCACAGUCACAAGUCAGAUGGUUACAGCAUGCAGGUCAUACAUUACUGACAAUGGCACAUGUCAAAUAUGGGACCAAGAUGCUGAAGUCAUCAUCAAGAAAAUACAGGACUGUAUCUGCUUGUAUGAGAAGUAUCAGUCUUGCUUCCAGAAAACAAAGAAACAAACAUCGGACAAACCUGGAAAGGUGUCAUUGGAUGAUUCAGAGACAAUGAUUUUUUGGAAGUUUGACAAUUUCUGCAAGCAACUUGAAAAGAUCACAAAAAUAAUCACAGUAUUCAAGACAUUUGAAUCCCUUGGGAAAUCAAACAUUGAGGGCAUUGAGAUUCUGGCCAGACAGUUCCACACUGUGUCCAUGAAUUUGAAACGGAAGCAGUCUGAUAUGUUGGCUCCAAGGACAGCUGAAUUCCAAACCGAUUUUGCUGACUUUAUGGUUCAAGUUAGCCACAUUGAGAACCGGCUGCAGGCAUUUAUGAGGUCAUGCUUCUCAACCAUCACCUCAUCUCAGCAGGCGCUUUGCUUUGUGCAGCGUUUUCAGAGGCUGAACAUUCCCUGUCUAGGCACAGAAACAUCCAGCAUCUUGGGUCUUAUUCUUCAGCAUUAUGCCUCGGAAGUAGAGUUUGUGAAAAAGCUCUAUGUCAAACAGAGAGAGGACCCCCCAUUAGCUAGAAACAUGCCUCCCGUGACUGGAAGGAUUAGCUGGGUCAGGCACCUCUACAGAAAAAUAGAGGAACCCAUGUCAUACCUAAAAAAACACUCUGACAUCCUGUGCAGCCCCGAGGGACAAGAUGUAGUCAAAAUGUUCAACCAAACUGCAUCUGCAUUUGUAGAGUUUGAGUGUGUUCACCAUAGAGCAUGGAUGGAUGAAGUGUCAAAACUAGACUAUGUCUUGAAUAUCACACUGCUGGUUCGACACCCAAAGACUGGAAAAUUUGUCGUCAACUUUGAUCCUGAAGUAACUGAGGUCAUUCGGGAGGCUAAGUGUUUGCUGAAGAUGGGUCUGGAGAUUCCAAAGCAGGCUCUGUGUCUGGUCAAGUUGGAAAGCAGAAUAAACACUAAUCAACUCCGACUACAGACCAUUUUGACAGAGUAUGAGUCCACUUGUGAGAGCAUACCUGCAGAUUUCGCCAGCUUGAUGGCUUCAAAAAUAAAAAAUGUGGAAUCUGUGCUUCGCCAUGGGUCAGUGCAGCUCACUUGGUCAUCAUUCCUCCUGGACAAGUUCUUCCAAAAUGUUGACACUGCUUUGUUUGAGCUUAAACAUCUUGUAAAGACGGUGCAGGAUAUCUCUAAGAUACACAUUGAUGAUGUCCUUAAGGACAUCUCAGAGACUGAGCUGAUUGAGCUCCCAGAAGAUCAUGCGUCUUCAGUACAUGGCCUGAUUGAUUAUAAUGAGAAUCGAUGUAUGGAGUUGGGAAAGACCUUGGACCACAAAUGUAGUCGUGUUAAAGAAGCAGUGAAGGAGCUGGGUAAUGUGUUUAGUGCCAUUUAUGAAUCAAAAGGCACCAAGAAGACCACUGAGGAAACUGUUUCAGGACAGAGGGGUGUGACAUUCUCAGGAGAGAGCCAGAAGAAGUCUAAUCAGGAUGAGGGAAUGAAUUUAGUAGGUCCAGAUAGAGAUAAAUCAAUCAAAUUUGAAAAGGAGUUUAAGAAGCUUUAUGAAUACUUCACUGCAAGGGUAUUAGAGGCACUGGUCAAAACAACCAGGUUAUCGCUGGAGAUCCUGAAAAGGAGAAUUUAUGCCAAAUCAACAUCAAUAAAAGGAUCUGAGUCUAAGCUGGUCCCAUUAAUAAAAUCUGAAGUCCAGCUGGUCAUACCCAAAGUGGUGAUGGUUCCCACUAUAGAUGAGAUCCAACAGGCCAUAAAUCACCUAAUUGACCGGGUGUUGGAAGUUAGCAAGGGCAUUACAUGGCAGUGGGAGUGCAGUCCCCUUGGCACAAAGAACAAAGGCGGAGAAAAAGAUAAUUUUUAUCACAGAGUAGCUGAACACAAGGAAAUCAAAAAGGUGGUGGUCAUUCUGAAAACAGCAGUCAGCAGCAAGAAAGGACAAGCGACUGAUUUUCUGAAGCAGUUCAGUCCAUUUAGUGUGAUCUGGGACAAGGACAAGAACCUCAAAGUCAAAGAAUUCAUGGGCAGCCAUCCAUCCUUGAUCCAGAUUAAAUCUGAAAUCCAGCACUAUGACUCAAUUGAACAAGAAAUUGAUGAUAUCAAACCCAUCAUUGUUUUGAUGUCAACUGAGCUGUCAACAGAUCCAUUAAAGAAGGCCCUGAAAGUUGAGACCAAAGCCUGGAAGAAGCUGUUGUGCAAAUACCUGAAGGAGGAGUACAAAAAGAAAAUGAUUGACACCAGCAUACAUUCUAACAAAUACCUCACACAACUAUCUCAUCCUGUGGCUAAUCUGGAAGAUGUGCGCCUUACCAUGGGGGCCCUGUCUAAGCUUCGGGAUACUGAAAUACAAACUGAUAUGACAUUGAUUUCCAUUGAGGAAGCCUAUGAAAUUCUGACUAAAUAUGAAGCAGAGGUGACCAAAAGAGAAACAGAGGGGGUGCACAAUCUGAGGGAUCUCUUCACAAAACUUCAGUCUAAAGCUAGGUCAGUGCAAGAUGAGCUUGUUCGAAGGCAACCCAUGUUCAAACAAAGCCUUCUGGAGUGUGUUGCUAUUUUCCAAAAUGAUGUUUGCACUUUUACGGAGAAAUACGAUUCAGAAGGCCCCAUGGUUGAGGGAAUAGCUCCACAAGAAGCCAGCCGCAGGCUCCAGAGUUGUCAGGCUAAAUUUGAAGAACUGUGGAGAAAUUUCAACACAUACAGCUCUGGAGAGCAGCUUCUUGGCUUGCCAGUUACACAGUAUGACUGUCUACAAAAGAAAAAAAAAGAGCUUGAUCUGCUACAGAAACUUUAUGGCCUUUAUGAUGCAGUCAUGACUAAGAUUAGCAGGUACUAUGGCAUUCUGUGGACAGAUGUGGAUAUUGAGAAGAUCAAUGCAGAACUUUUGGAAUUUCAGAACAGGUGUCGGAAACUACCCAAAGGGCUGAAAGAAUGGCAAGCCUUCUUGGACCUGAAGAAGACGAUUGAUGAUUUCAGUGAGUCAUGCCCUCUGCUUGAAAUGAUGGCAAAUAAAUCUAUGAUGAGAAGACACUGGGACCGGAUCACAGACCUUACAGGGCACAAAUUUGAGGUGGAGUCCAAGACCUUUACACUCCAGAACAUCAUGGAAGCACCUCUGUUGAAGUAUAAGGACGAAAUUGAGGAUAUCUCCAUAUCAGCUGUUAAGGAGAAAGAUAUUGAGGCCAAGUUGUCACAAGUGAAAGAGGUGUGGUGCAGCCAGAUCCUGAGCUUGAUGACAUUCAAGGACAGAGGAGAACUGAUGCUGAAAGGGGCAGAGACAGCAGAGAUUCUCACCACUCUGGAGGAUAGUUUGAUGGUGCUGGGUUCACUGCUGAGCAACAGGUACAGUGCCUACUACAAAGCAGAGAUCCAGGAUUGGGUCUCCAAGCUGUCAACAACAUCUGAUGUCAUUGAACAGUGGGUUAUUGUGCAAAACCUGUGGAUCUAUUUGGAGGCUGUGUUUGUUGGAGGUGACAUUGCCAAAGACCUGCCACAGGAAGCAAAGCGAUUUCAGAAUAUUGACAAGUCAUGGAUUAAGAUCAUGCAACGAGCCCAAAAGGUCCCACAUGUGAUUGAGUGCUGUGUGGGGGAUCCAACUCUGGGACAGCUCCUGCCAGAUCUUCAGAAACAGCUGGAGUUCUGUCAAAAAUCUCUUGCAGGGUACCUUGAGAAAAAGAGGCUUCUGUUUCCACGAUUCUUCUUUGUGUCUGAUCCGGCCCUUUUGGAAAUUCUUGGUCAAGCCAGUGAUUCUCACACUAUUCAGUCACAUCUCCUUGGAGUGUUCGACAAUGUCAAUGAAGCAGAGUUUCAUGCAACAGAGUAUGAUAAGAUUUUGGCUGUUAUUUCACAAGAGGGAGAGAAACUACUGCUGGACAGUCCUGUGAUGGCACAGGGACCAGUGGAGCUCUGGCUCGGGAAGCUGUUGUUACAACAGCAAGCUUCAUUACACUCUGUUAUCAAAGCUUCAGAUCUAGAGAUCAACGAUGAAGACUUUGAUCUUCUCUCUUUCCUUGACAAGUUUCAAGCACAGGUGGGCUUGCUGGGAAUCCAGAUGCUUUGGACAAGAGAUGCAGAGGAGGCACUGCAAAAUGCUGAAGAUGACAGGGAGAUCAUGCCUUUUACCAAAAAGAAAUUCCUACAAUUACUCAGCAUUCUCAUUAAACAAACCACCUAUGACUUGAGCAAGUUUGACAGAAUCAAAUAUGAGACACUGGUCACAAUCCAUGUGCACCAGAGUGACAUAUUUAAUGACCUAGUAAAAAAGCGUAUAAAAUCUGUCAAUGACUUUGAAUGGCUGAAGCAGAGCAGAUUUUACUACAAGGAGGAUCUGGAUAAAGUCAUUGUGUCCAUCACUAAUGUUGACUUCAUUUAUCAGAAUGAGUUCUUAGGCUGUACCGACCGUCUGGUCAUCACCCCUCUGACUGACAGGUGUUACAUCACACUCGCCCAGGCUCUGGGCAUGAGCAUGGGAGGAGCCCCUGCAGGGCCUGCCGGCACUGGGAAGACUGAAACCACAAAAGACAUGGGACGCUGCCUCGGCAAGUACGUUGUGGUGUUCAACUGCUCAGACCAGAUGGACUUCAGAGGACUUGGCAGGAUAUACAAAGGCCUUGCGCAGUCAGGGUCCUGGGGCUGCUUUGAUGAGUUCAACAGAAUCGACCUGCCAGUGCUUUCUGUUGCUGCUCAGCAGAUCUACAUUGUUCUGCAAGCACGCAAGAAACACAAAAUCUCUUUCAUCUUUACUGAUGGAGACUGUGUUGAUCUGAAUCCAGAGUUUGGCCUUUUCAUUACUAUGAACCCUGGAUAUGCAGGUCGUCAGGAACUUCCUGAAAACUUAAAAGUGCAAUUCAGGACAGUGUCAAUGAUGGUGCCAGACCGGCAGAUCAUCAUGAGAGUCAAACUAGCUAGUUGUGGAUUCAAUGACAAUGUCAUCUUAGCCCAGAAAUUCUUUGUUCUUUAUAAACUGUGUGAAGAACAACUUACAAAACAGGUCCACUAUGACUUUGGCCUGAGGAACAUCCUGUCUGUGUUGAGAACACUGGGGGCCAGUAAAAGAGCACGACCUGAUGACACAGAGUCCAGUAUUGUCAUGAGAGUGUUACGUGACAUGAAUCUUUCUAAACUGGUGGACGAGGAUGAGCCCCUCUUUCUUAGUUUGAUCAAUGACCUAUUCCCUGGUAUCCAGCUGGAUGGAAGCACAUAUACUGAACUUCAAGCUGCUGUAGCCCAUCAAGUUGAGCUUGCUGGUAUUGUUAACCAUCCCCCUUGGAACCUCAAGCUGGUUCAGCUUUAUGAGGCUUCACGAGUGCGUCAUGGCCUGAUGACUCUGGGACCAAGCGGAGCUGGGAAGACCACAGUUAUCAACAUUCUAAUGCGAUCUUUGACUCAGUGUGGAACCCCACACAGGGAGAUGCGCAUGAAUCCCAAAGCAAUCACUGCCCCACAGAUGUUCGGCCGUCUUGAUGCAGCCACCAAUGACUGGACUGAUGGCAUUUUUUCUACUCUAUGGAGGAGGACUCUCAAAGCCAAGAAAGGGGAGUUCAUAUGGAUUUUGCUAGAUGGCCCUGUGGACGCUAUAUGGAUUGAGAACCUCAACUCUGUGCUGGAUGAUAACAAAACACUGACCCUGGCUAAUGGUGACCGUAUCACCAUGUCUCCAUCCUGUAAGCUGGUAUUUGAGGUGCACAACAUGGAUAAUGCCUCCCCUGCUACUGUGUCCCGGGUGGGUAUGGUCUUCAUGAGCUCCUCAGCUCUCAGCUGGAGACCUAUACUCCAGGGAUGGGCUCACAAGCGCAAUGCACAGGAGGCAGAAAGCAUUAUGGGUUUAUAUGACAAAAUAUUUGAGGAAGCUUACUUGUAUAUGAAGCAAAACCUUAAACCCAAAAUGGAACUUUUGGAGUGCAACUACAUCAUGCAGUCUGUGAAUCUGCUGGAGGGCGUCAUCCCAACUAAGGAGACAGGGGGCUUGGCUGGUGACAAACACAUGGAACGCCUCUUCGUCUUCUGUCUGAUGUGGAGCCUGGGAGCCCUUUUGGAGUUGGAGGAUAGAGACAAACUGGAGGCUUAUAUUAGAUCACAUGAAAGCAGCAUUAAUGUGCCUCAAACGCAGCCAGGAGAGACUAUGUUUGAGUACAUGGUCAACCCAAAUGGUGAGUGGUGUCAUUGGAAUAACCAUGUGGGGGAGUUUAUCUAUCCAGCUGACCAUGUUCCAAACUAUGCCUCCAUCCUUGUGCCAAAUGUGGAUAAUACAAGAACCUCUUUCCUGCUGGAGGUUAUUGCCAAACAACGCAAGGCGGUACUUCUUAUUGGUGAACAAGGGACAGCCAAGACAGUGAUGAUAAAAGGCUACACAAAAAAAUAUGAUCCUGAGACAGACCUAUCCAAGUCUGUGAACUUCUCAUCUGCAACAGAACCCAUGAUGUUUCAGCGAACAGUGGAGAGCUACAUAGAGAAACGAAUUGGCAGUACCUAUGGACCCCCAGGAGGACGCCGGAUGACAGUCUUCAUUGAUGAUAUAAACAUGCCUAUUGUCAAUGAAUGGGGGGAUCAGAUCACCAAUGAGAUAGUCCGCCAGAUGAUGGAAAUGAGCGGCAUGUACAAUCUAGACAAACCAGGAGACUUCACCACUGUUGUGGACGUACAGAUAGUGGCUGCCAUGAUUCACCCUGGUGGGGGGAGAAACGACAUCCCACAGAGACUGAAGAGACAGUUUACAGUCUUCAACUGUACUCUGCCAUCCAACAGCUCCAUUGAUAAGAUCUUUGGUGUCAUCGGGUGUGGAUAUUUUGACACUUGCAGGAAUUUCAAGCCUGAGAUAUUUGAUAUGGUGAAGUGCCUUGUGUCUGCAGGGAGGAUUGUAUGGCAGUGGACAAAGGGAAAAAUGCUUCCCACACCAUCCAAGUUCCAUUACAUCUUCAAUUUGAGAGACUUGUCCAGGAUCUGGCAAGGAAUGUUAAAUAUUAAGGCUGAGGAGUGUGACAAUAUCCCCACUCUCAUGGCACUUUUCAAGAGUGAAUGUACAAGGGUGAUUGCUGACAGGUUUGUUUGCUUUGAGGACAGAGAGUGGUUUGAGAAGGCUCUAACUCGUGUGAUCCAAGAGCAUGUUGACCCCAGUCUUGUCCCAGAACUUCAUCCUGAGCCAUACUUUGUUGACUUCCUGCGAGAUGCUCCUGAGCCUACUGGAGAAGAAGACGAUGAUGCCUGUUUUGAUGCCCCCAAAAUUUAUGAACUGGUGCCAAGUAUUGAGUUCUUACAAGAAAAGCUGAUGAUGUAUCAGACCCAGCACAAUGAGGUUGUGAGAGGCUCCAGUUUAGAUCUGGUUUUCUUCACGGAUGCCAUGACUCAUCUUGUCAAGAUCUCACGUAUCAUUCGAACUGACACUGGAAAUGCCCUGCUUGUGGGAGUGGGAGGAUCAGGCAAACAGAGCUUGACUCGCCUUGCUUCAUACAUAGCUGGAUACAGCAUCUUCCAGAUCACACUGACAAGAACAUACAACAUAAGUAAUUUCAUGGAUGACCUGAAAGUGUUGUAUAAAACAGCAGGGGCUGAGGGCAAAGGCAUCACCUUCAUCUUUACUGACAAUGAAAUCAAAGAUGAAGCCUUCCUUGAGUACCUCAACAAUGUUCUUUCUUCUGGAGAGGUCUCCAAUCUGUUUGCUAAAGAUGAGAUCACAGAGAUCACCCAGAACCUGAUACCUGUGAUGAAAAAGGAGCUUCCUCGUGUUCCACCAACUUUUGACAACCUCUAUGACUACUUCAUAACCCGGUCCAGAAAGAAUCUGCAUGUAGUUCUUUGCUUCUCACCAGUUGGACAGAAGUUUCGCUCCCGAUCCCUGAAGUUUCCAGGGUUGACUUCUGGCUGUACAAUGGACUGGUUCACCCCUUGGCCCAAUGAGGCUCUGGUGGCUGUAUCCAACUACUUCUUGUCAGAGUUUCCCAUGGUUUGCUCAACUGAUGUGAAGGCUUCUGUGGUGACCACCAUGGGUACAUAUCAUGACAAAGUAUCUGAUGCCUGUGAAAGCUACUUUGAAAGGUUUCGAAGAAAAAUUCAUGUCACCCCUAAAUCCUACCUCUCUUUUAUAAAUGGUUACAAAACGCUGUACACUGAAAAGUACAACUAUAUCAACACACUAGCAGAGCGCAUGAAUGUUGGGUUGGCCAAACUGAUGGAGGCUAGUCAGUCUGUGGCUGAACUAUCCAAAUAUCUUGAAGUCAAGGAAAAAGAGUUGGCUAUAGCAUCCGCCAAAGCUGACAAGGUGGUGGCAGAGGUGACGGUCAGUGCUGAAGCUGCCACCAUUGUAAAGAAUGAGGUCCAGGUUGUGAAGGAUAGAGCCCAGAAACUUGUGGAGGGAAUUGGAAAAGAAAAAGCUAUUGCUGAGGAAAAACUGGAAGCUGCCAGGCCAGCUUUAGAAGAAGCUAAAGCUGCACUUAAUACCAUCAAGCCUGCUGACAUUGCCACUCUGAGAAAAUUGUCCAAACCUCCACAUCUGAUUAUGAGGAUUAUGGACUCCUGCCUUCUUUUGUUCCAAAAGAAGUUAGACUCUGUCUCUAUUGAUCCAGAGCUACGCUGUGUUAUUCCAUCAUGGGGAGAAGCACUGAAGCUCAUGAGUGCUCCAGGUUUUAUGAACUCACUCCAGCAGUUUCAAAAGGACAAAAUUAAUGAGGAAACAGUAGAACUGCUGCAGCCCUACUUUCAGAUGGUGGAUUACACAAUGGAAAAUGCCAAGAAAGUGUGUGGUAAUGUAGCUGGUCUGCUAGAGUGGACCCGGGCUAUGGCCACAUUCUUUGGCAUUAACAAAGAAGUGCUGCCACUCAAGGCUAACCUGGCCAUUCAGGAAGGCCGGCUCAGAGCGGCUAAUAAUGAGCUGAGCAAGGCUGAGGCUCAGCUGGCUGAGAAGCAAGCGGAGUUUGACAAAGUCAAGGCCAAAUGUGAUGCUGCUAUGAAAGAGAAACAGGAUUUGUUGGAUGAUGCUGAGAUGUGUAGGAAUAAAAUGCAGGCUGCGUCUGCACUUAUUGAUGGACUCAGUGGAGAGAAAAUUCGAUGGAUAGAGCAAAGCAAAGAAUUUAAAUCACAGAUCAACAGACUUGUGGGUGACGUACUCCAGCUCACUGGCUUCUUGUCUUAUUGUGGGCCAUUUAACCAGAGUUUCCGCGACAUGUUGUUGAAGGAAAUCUGGGAGGCAGAGCUAAGGAGUCAUAAAAUCCCUUUUACAGAAAACCUCAACCUCAUUUCUGCCCUUGUGGACCCUCCCACUAUAAGUGAGUGGAACCUUCAAGGACUCCCAGGAGAUGACUUGUCUGUGCAGAAUGGCAUCAUUGUCACAAAAGCAACACGAUAUCCUCUCCUCAUCGAUCCCCAGACUCAGGGAAAAACUUGGAUUAAAGAAAAAGAAAAGGCCAAUACACUUCAAGUGACAUCAUUACACCACAAGUUCUUUCGCACCCAUCUGGAAGACUGUCUUUCCUUGGGACGCCCACUGCUUAUUGAAGAUGUAAAUGAGGAGCUGGACCCUGCCCUUGACAAUGUCCUCGAGAAAAACUUUAUUAAAUCUGGGACCAGUUUUAAGGUUAAAGUGGGAGACAAAGAGGCAAAUGUGAUGGAUGGCUUCCAGCUCUAUAUAACCUCCAAACUUCCUAAUCCAGCAUACACACCAGAAAUCAGUGCCAAGACAUCCAUCAUUGAUUUCACUGUAAACAUGAAGGGCCUUGAGAACCAGCUACUCGGUCGUGUCAUCCUCAAAGAGAAACAUGAACUAGAGGCAGAAAGACUGAAGCUAAUUGAGGAUGUAACAGCCAAUAAGAGAAAGAUGCAGGAGUUGGAAGACAACUUGCUGUACAAACUCAGCAGCACAAAAGGAUCCUUGGUUGAUGAUGACUCCAUGAUUGGCAUUCUGAGUACAACUAAGCAAACUGCUGCUGAAGUUAGUGCAAAGCUCAGUGUUGCAGCAGAUGCAGAGUUGAAGAUCAAUAUGGCUCAAGCUGAAUAUCGUCCCGUUGCCUCUCGAGGAAGCAUCCUUUACUUCCUCAUCACAGAGAUGAGCAUGGUCAACGUGAUGUACCAGACCUCCCUGGCUCAGUUCCUCAAAAUCUUUGACCUCUCACUGGAUAGGUCUGAAAAGUCCUCUAAAACUCAAAAGCGAAUCCGAAACAUUAUUGAAUAUCUGACCUUUGAGGUGUUCAGAUACACAGUAAGAGGCCUUUACGAAAACCACAAGUUCAUCUUCACACUCUUGGUGGCCCUCAAGAUUGACUUACAGAAUAACAAAAUCGAGCAAAAUAAAUUUCAGAUUCUUAUUAAAGGUGGUGCAGCUCUUGACCUAAAGACCUGCCCCUUAAAGCCAUACAGUUGGAUCCUGGAUAUGAUAUGGCUAAACUUAGUGGAACUCAGCAAAUUGCCACAGUUCACUAACAUCUUAAACCAGGUGUCUCACAAUGGGAAACACUGGAAAGCAUGGCUCAAUCUUGAUGCCCCAGAGGAAGGUGUAGUUCCAGAUGGAUACAACGCCCUUGAUGUCUUCCAUAAACUUUUGCUAAUAAGGUCUUGGUGCCCUGACCGUACCUUGUCUCAGGCAAGAAAGUACGUGGGAGAAUCCAUGGGUAUGAGGUUUGCUGAGCCGGUCCUCUUGAACCUUCAUAACACAUGGGAGGAGAGUGAUCCUCGCACCCCUCUAAUUUGCUUCCUGUCAAUGGGCUCAGAUCCCACUGACCAAAUUGAAGCACUUGCUAAGAAACUCCAACUGGAAUGCAGAGCUAUAUCCAUGGGGCAAGGACAAGAGGUUCAUGCAAGGAAGCUUGUUCAGACAUCCAUGACACAGGGGGGCUGGGUCCUUUUGCAAAAUUGUCACCUGGGCUUGGAGUUUAUGGAUGAGUUGCUCGAAACUAUCACAACUGCAGACACCAUGCAUGAUACUUUCAGAGUAUGGAUCACCACAGAACCACACAACCGAUUCUCCAUCACACUCCUACAGUCCUCUAUCAAGUUUACCAAUGAUCCACCCCAGGGAGUGCGUGCUGGCUUGAAAAGAACAUUUGCAGGAAUUUCACAGAACCAGUUGGAAGUCAGCAACCUGCCCACGUGGAAGCCUUUGCUGUACAGUGUGGCCUUUCUCCACACUGCUGUGCAGGAACGACGCAAAUUUGGACCACUGGGUUGGAACAUACCUUAUGAGUUCAAUUCUGCUGAUUUCACUGCAAGCGUCGAAUUUGUUGAGAAACACUUGGAUGAUUGCGGUCCCAAGAAGGAUGUGUCAUGGGUAACCGUGCGGUACAUGCUAGCUGAGGUGCAAUAUGGAGGAAGGGUUACAGAUGACUAUGACAAACGCCUGCUCAAGUGCUUUGCUCGUGUGUGGUUCAGUAAAAAGAUGUUUGACCCAUCAUUUUGCUUCUACACGGAUUACAAAAUUCCAGUGUGCAAGACAGUAGUGGAGUACAUGGAAUACAUUGAGAGCUUGCCGACUGUAGAUUCACCCCAAGCGUUGGGGCUGCAUCCUAAUGCUGAUAUCACGUAUCAGACAAACACAUCUGCUGAAGUACUAGACACAAUCACAAAUAUUCAGCCCAAGGAAAGCGGAGGGGGAUCAGGAGAGACUAGAGAGUCCAUUGUUUACAGCAUGGCAGAGGACAUGUUGGAGAAACUGCCCCCUAAUUAUGUGCCACAUGAGGUCAAAGACAGGCUAUUGAAGAUGGGAGCUCUGAGACCAAUGAACAUCUUCCUACGUCAGGAGGUGGAUCGAAUGCAAAGGAUCAUCCGUGUGGUGCGCACUAGCCUGACUGACUUGAAGCUAGCCAUUGAUGGCACUAUCAUAAUGAGCGAGAACCUCCGUGACGCCCUGGAUAAUAUUUUCGAUGCCCGUGUGCCAAAUCUGUGGAGGAAAAUCUCCUGGGAGUCAUCCACACUGGGCUUUUGGUUCACUGAGCUUCUAGAGAGAAACAAACAGUUCCGCAGCUGGGUGUUUGAUGGAAGACCCAAAACCUUUUGGAUGACAGGCUUCUUCAACCCACAGGGGUUCCUGACAGCCAUGAGACAAGAAGUAACCAGGGCAAACAAAGGCUGGGCUCUGGACACUGUCACCCUGCACAACAAAGUACUGAAGCAGGGAAAGGAGGAGAUCACAGCCUCCCCUUCAGAGGGAGUUUAUGUAUAUGGUCUGUUCCUGGAUGGUGCUGGCUGGGACAAGAAGAACACCUGUCUCACUGAGUCCUCACCCAAAGUGCUUUUCAUACCUUUGCCUGUCAUCCAUAUGUUUGCCGUCAAUUCCACUGCACCGGUGGAUCCUAAACUCUAUGUCUGUCCUAUCUACAAGAAACCAAGGCGCACAGACUUGAAUUACAUCACAGCUGUGGUGUUGCCCACCAUCAAGUCACCAGACCACUGGAUCUUGCGUGGAGUUGCCCUUCUCUGCGACAUCACAUAA